GUAGUGUCGGCGUAACUUCCUGCUGCUAUGCUAGCUGGCGUGUACGUGUUUGAAGUUUCAGGCUAGUUUACAGUUCCCAUUACCAGUAACUUCUCUGUGGAUUAUUCCCGCCCUGGCAGCACCAUGAGCACCUUAUGGAUGGGCAACCUGGAGACCUACAUGGACGAGAAGUUCAUCACCAGAGCCUUCUCCACCAUGGGCGAGCAGGUGGUCAACGUGCGGAUCAUACGCAACAAGAUGACGGGGGGGGCUCUAGGCUACUGCUUCGUGGAGAUGACGGAUGAGGCCACAGCUGAAAGAUGUCUUCGCAAAAUCAAUGGAAAGGCCUUACCAGGAGCCAAUCCGCCCACAAGAUUUAAGCUAAACCGAGCAACCUUUGGGAAACAGGACGGUGGUCAGAUGUAUUCUCUGUUUGUGGGAGAUUUGACUCCAGAGGUGGACGAUGGCAUGCUAUACGAGUUCUUUUACAACCGCUACCCUUCUUGUCGUGGUGGAAAGGUGGUGCUGGACAGCAUGGGCAACUCCAAGGGCUGUGGCUUCGUUCAGUUCCCAGACGAGCGGCUGCAGAAGCGGGCCUUGGAGGAGUGUCAGGGUGCCGUGGGACUGGGCGGGAAGCCUCUGAGGCUGAGCCUGGCUGCUAACAAUUUAAGGAACAAGCAGCAGCAGCAGCAGCAGUCAGGGGACAGAUCGUGGCAGUCUUCAGCAUACAGGAACAGCUACGACCAGUACAGCCAGUACCAGCAGCAGGCCUAUCCUGGGUACUACUCCUCAUGGGGCUACGACCAGACUGGAGGAGUGUACGGCUACAACUACCCACAAUACGACUACACACAGUAUCCCCCCCCACAGGAGAGUGAGCCUGUUGAGGAGGACGACGGACUUGAAGAUCCCAGUGUGGAGCUGGACGUGGUGGAGGCCAACAGGAAGUUCAUGGAGCUCAGCGAGGAGCUGUACGACGCUCUGAUUGAGUGCCACUGGCAGCCUGCAGAGUUCUCUGCUGAACAGGACUACAUGACAUCCAGCCUACCGGAGCCCAUCUACUGCUGAAACCAGGCGGCUCUUCUGUGGACUUUACCUCCAAGUUUUGUUUAGUUUUUUUU